UUAAGUGUAAACAUAACGUUGUCCUCAACUUUGAAGAUAUUUUUAAAUGUUUUUACCGGUUAUAAAAUCCAAAUGUUGAUAUAAAGUCAAUAAAAAAAUGAGCUGUUUUAGAAACAAAUUCCAAUAUGAAAGUCCUUGUGACUCGGACAAUGAUUGGACCGAAUCGUCCGGCGAUUCCAAAUGUACAGAUUCAGAAAGCUCGGUUCCUGAAUGGGACUCUGACGUAGGCGAAGAUGGAGAACUUACCUUCAUAAAAAUUAAGGCUGGUAAUGAAACUGGAGAUAUUUCGAACACUGCUUUAUUAGAAAAUUAUGAAACAUUCAAAUUAAGAACGGAUUUCAAAAGAUCGUCGACAAGACGCUCUACCAAAGGCCGAAUCUUUAAAGCAUUAAAAUCACGAAGAACAAGAAAUAAAAACAGCACCAAUAUAAAGAAAAAGGAAACUGACAAUAAUAAUAAAUUAGUUAUUAUUCAAGUUAGUAAGACCAUGAUAUUUACUAGUGAGAAAAAUUGUCAAAUUGAAAAAUUAUUUGGAAUCAGUUUAGAGACACAUUCUGAUGGGAAAACACUAAUUGUUGCAAGCUUUUUACCAGAGGCAAAGGCAAUCUACAGCCCAAAGGUCAAAACAGGGUACUUAUUGCAAAAAAUCAAUGGGAUAGAAGUGAAUUGUUAUAACAUCAAUAAUGUUCUAAAAAGAGUUAGUGAAGAUGUUGAUAGCCCAAAACUAACAUUUCAAGUAGUGACAGAAGGGAUAAAUAUUGACAUAGAGAAAUUGCUACUACUUAAACAUUCUCCGGAUAAUUCUAUCACACAAAUACUAAAAGAUUCUAUGUGCUCUGUAUUGUAUAUUUGUGGUAAUGAUAAUGAAUACCAGACCAAUGAUGACAAAGGAGUUUUAUACUGCUAUCCAAGACCUUUUAACCAAAACUUUUUAUACAAUACAAGAGGUGCAUAUGUAACCUUAAAUCAUUUGGCACCAAAAUCAUUGGGAACAAGUCAGCCUCUUUUAUCAACACUGAUACACAAUUCUACAUUAGUUAAUGUGGCAUACGCAACAAAUAACAAUGAUUUAUUGUUAGUUGCAUUACCUAAUAGUUAUGUAGAUAUAUUUUCAGUUAAAAGAACUAUUCAGGACAUAGUUAGGAUUUUAGAAUUCCUAUAUGGAUCAUUACAGACUUGUUUUACGAAACCUAAUAAUGUGGAUAAACUGGAUGUACUAUUCUGUCGUAUAUUUGUUACAUUGUUAUUUGAGAAACAGAGUUCGAGUAAUUCUGUUGAAAAUAUACAGUUUGAGGAUGUAGUUGGUGCUAAUGCUGUGUCUUUACCUAUGGAAGUAAAGAUACAAGUGGAUGAUGCUAUUACUGAGUUAGAGGCUGCAGAUUAUAGAGAAUGGACUGAUGAUGUUGAAAGCUUUCAAAGAAUGUACACUGUGAUCGGAGCUUGUUUAUAUUAUAGUGGACACUUAUUGAGCUCUCAUUUAAAAGAUAAUGAUUUGAAAGAAAUAAAUGCAUAUCUCAAACUAAAUGGCAUUUUACGAUUGAGUGUUGAAAAAGAAAUUGAGAAAGUGGUUAUAUGGAGAGAAGUGUUUCUUAAUGAGCACAGGAAUCAGUCAAAACAAGAAAAUAAUGAAUAUAGGAUUCCCGACGGGCGUUGGUUUAUUCUCAUAGUAGGAAAAGGACAUUUUAUUCUGGCAACAUUAAUGGAGGCCGGUGGAUGCACUGAAGAUGCUGUAGGAGUAACACCCCCUUCACCGUUCUACGUCGAAGAAUGUGAGAGCUGUCUAGAGCUCCUAUACGAUGUUGGUCUCGACAAGUACUUGGCUUCCUGGUUCCAAUCCAACUCUCAGCCGCAGCUGCAACUAUCUCCCGCGACUCUUACUAAGCAUGGGAGGAAGAAGGAAGGAUCUAUAAAGUCAGAUAUCAUCAGAUCAGCGACACUCAAACUGUCCAAAUCUCAAUUAGAUAUAAAACGACGUCACAAUUCCUCCGAACACAUAAAUGCAAACUCCAACGAAAGUUCAAUGCAAAUGGCGCACAGUACGAGCCAUCACAAUCUAUAUUCUAAUAAGUAUAGACAUUCUAGUUUGGAUGUGAGUUAUUCAGAAGAUUCCGGCAGUGUUAAGAGUACCAGUGAAGUAAGCGAAGAUCGUGUAGUGGGUAGAAGAGCGGAUAGAGAACAAAAGAGUCGGCGGGAGUCAUCCGGUUCGGAUUCCGAUUGGGAUAAACAGGACGGUAGCAGAUCCAGCAAUUUUGAUGUUUCCGACAUAAGAAAAUCUUUACUCAGUGAAUUAGACAAUGUUACGGUCCACAGAAUAACAGCUGGUGAAGAAAAUGUGUUAUUUAACUUCGUUAACCUGGAGCUAGACCGCGGUGUGCUCCUAGCUCCCGUCACAAGUGUUGAGAGUCAAGCGAAUAAUGCUCUUUAUUCAUAUAUUUUGAAGACAUUCAGGGCCGCUUGUAAGAAGAUACAUGAAUUAUUACAGCAUGGUAUAAAGUUUAAAAAUAAUCACGCGCCGUCGAAUCAAAUGAAUAAAAUUCUGGUCGCCGUGAAAGAAUAUGGGAUGCUGUUCGAAGUGCCGAGCGAUGUGUUGGCCGAGUGCGGACUGAAUAAGAAGAAUUCUGAACCGUUUUGCUUUUGGGUUGUUGGGCGUGUAUUCAGCGAGCCCGAGCCGAGAGAACUAUACGUGUGUUACCACGAAUCGGUGCCUCAAGAUCUCACUGAAAUCGCCUAUUUGUUAUCUUAUUUGGAAUGAGUUUUAAGGAAUUAAAAAAAAA